CUGCCAUGCCUGGUCUGAAUGCCCGAGCUGGCGGCGCCCCCUUGACCAUUUCCGCUCCCAUGUUGAACGAGCUCAGUAAAAGACAGGCCAUGGGCAUGGGGAUGAACGUAGGUGUGGCGUCUUUCAUGAGCCCAGAAUUCGAAAAGGAGCUCAAGGAGAAGCAGAGGAACGCCGAAACCCUUGCUGAGCUUUCUGAAAGUGUGCGGAACCGUGCAGAAGACUGGGCGGGACGCCCCAAACACAUUCGCGAGGCCUUGCACACCUUUUCUGGCUGCACUCCAUUCAAUGUCCGCUUUAAGAAAGACCACGGCCUGGUGGGAAGGGUGUUCGCUUUUGACGCCAAGCUGAUGCUUGAGUUUGAGCUGAAGGUCUUCAUUGAGUACCCGUGCGGAUCCGGCAAUGUGUUCCCCAGUGUCUUAGCGCUGGUCAAGCAGAUGUUCCACGACUCUCAGAAAGACACCGGCAAGGUCAUUAACUCGGGGUACAAAUACGUGGAGUAUGAGAAAAGGCACGGCACCGGCGACUGGCGCCUCCUGUCGGAGCUGCUCAGCGAUGGAGUGCGGGUGUUCAAAGAUGCUCCGGCCCCAGAAUCCCUCCCGCAGCCUUACCUGGACCCCAGCUGCUCCAUGUUACCCAGUGCGCUCUGCCACAUCGGCCGUCCCACGCAGCCAAGAGUGCGCAGACGUAAAGCCUCGCCCGAGCUGGACAGUGCCGAGAGGAUGAUUUCUGAGGAGAUGCGCCAGCAUUGGCCGCUUGCUGCAUAUCCCGGCUUGCCCGGCCAUAUGCCCGCAACCUCGCUAGCCAGCGUGGGACUGCCUCCAGAGGGCAUGGGGGCGCAUGGUAGCGACCCGUCGCCCAUCUCGGCGCUCAUGAGUGUGGCUGACAACGUCGGCACAGCCACCCAGUCCCCUAAAGAUGCUCCAGGCAGCAGCAGUGGUCACUCAGCCAACGCAGGGCGGCAGAACAGCGUAAGUCCUUCAGCCCUAGGCGUUCAGCUGCGGCUGGCCUCGCGCAAUGGAGAACCAUCGGCGGGCAGUAGCGCAGGAGGAUUGACCACGACCGUCACCGCGUCCCUCUCUGACCAGGGCACCGUUAUGGGAGGCGAAGGCUCAGGAGGUGGCGGCGGCGCCCCUCUAUGCUGCACCAUCUGCCACGAGCGCCUGGAGGACACACACUUCGUCCAGUGUCCGUCGGUGCCCGGGCACAAGUUCUGCUUCCCUUGCACUCGGGACUUCAUCUGCAGACAGGGCUCAGGGAAUGAGGUGUACUGCCCCAGUGGAGAGAAAUGCCCUCUCAUGGGCUCCAACGUGCCGUGGGCCUUCAUGCAAGGCGAGAUCUCUACAAUCUUGGCAGGUGAUGUGAAGGUGAAGAAAGAAAGAGACCCCUAACGGCCAGCAGCAGAACUCAAACCUCACUCUGAGGGAGCUGUGAUCCUGAGCCCUAAAGAUGGUCGCGGUGAUCACGAGGCCCACAGAACUGAAGAGACGGCUGCUGGCGGGCAGGUCCUCUUCCUCCAUCUACCCAGGCCCCCUCUUGCCUUUCGCUGUCUUUCCCCCUCCUUUUCCUGAGACGAUGGAGAAUACAGCCAUUUUUCUCUUAAGUCAAACUCAAAGUCAAAGUCCGCUUUAUUGUCAGUUCUUCCACAUGUACAGCACAUACAUACAGAGAAUUGAAAUUGCGAUUAGAGAUUUAGAGAUGCCCAUGUAUUAAACCCUCCAGCACUUAUUUCAGAUUUGUUGGCCCGCGUCGAUUCUUAAGCAGCGCUUUAAGAACUUUCAAUCUGCAAACCAAAACCAGGUUUGAAAAAACAAAAAACACAUUUCAAAGAUCCGGUGGGGUGAAUUCCCAGAAUGUGCUACAAACCACCAGACAGAUGCAGAUUGUACAGCGGGAAGCUUGUUUGGAAAUGCAACUUCCUUUACAAUCACAGAACUGCACCGACUACAGGCCCAUUCUUGUCUUUGCUGUCCUAUGCUGCAUAAAACUAGUCCAGGAAUAUUACUAAGUGCUAAAAGCCCUUCCUUCAGAUUGCUUCUUGAUACAGCAUGUAUAAUAGAUAGCUUUAUGUUUUUUACUCCGUGUAGAUUGUACAAGAAUUAUCCCUUUCAAUGGUUCUAGAUGUGCAAUCUCUAGAUUUGAUACUAUGUUGCUUUAUGUACCACUAAGUCUUUGAAUGAAUAGAAAACCAAAGAUAGACAUGCUGAAUAUUGUCGUAUCAUAUGAUGCUAUAACAUAUAUUUUUGUGGUAAAAUGGUUUUGUGGAUUUCGUCAGAUAACAAGGACAGAUAUGGGGAAAGUUUUACAUUGGGAACUUCUAUUUAAACCUUAAUGGGUAGACACACAAUAGAUUUUUAUUACAAGUAAGCAGAUCACUAUAUUUUCUAUUGUAACCCAUUGGCUUUUAAAUCCUUGGAGGCGAUGACUAGUUCAAUAUUAUGACAACAGAUCCACUCUGGUUUUUUUACAAGUUUAUGGUCCAGAUUGUUUUCUCUCCAUUUUUACAUGUCAAAGGCAUACUUUAUGACAAUUGUUUUAAUGUAAAAGAUUUGAAAGUGCCAGCAUCUAUUAGUAGACUUGUUAUACAACAGCCCCAAACAUAUUUGGACACUUCCAGAUAUUUUUGGGACCACUGUAGGUUUGGUUCUCCAUAUUGUUUUGACGUGUCUUCAGUCUUGUUUCAUGACAUUGGAAAAUAUAUGACUAAAUAUAUAAAUGCACAAGUACUGUUCUGUAAGACUUUUGUUUUUAAUCGGCAUUUAUGUUACAGCUUAAAUUGUAUUUAAAUUAAAAGAUUGACUUUUCACAAACCCUCAGAGACUAUUGCUGUUCAUUUUAAUUCUUCACUCGUUUUAGUGAUACAAAAGUCUGCAGAAAUGCUACAUUUUAAGCCUGAAAUCGUUUUUUGCUAUUCUGAUAUAAUAUUCAAUAUAGCUGUUUUUAAACAUCUGAAUAUGUCUUGCAGUGGGACUCAAUUUAAAUAAAUGUUAUUGUUCAGAUUGAGUUGCUUUAUUCUAGACUAAAUCUCUGCCUUGUUUUUGCUUUGUUUUUAUGUUGUGCCCAGAAAAGUGAGUUCAUUGCUG